AAAUAUGGAAUGAAAAACCCUGAGAAAUUCGUUCUAUGUCAAGUAAAAAUAACUUUAGUAAAGUUCUUUAUAAGUGGUUAUUGCAACAUGAUGAAAAUCACAAAUCUUUAGUCAAGCACUCAGUUAUAUCGUGAAUAUUAAGCUUAACCCCCUCCAAUGCAAACCAUUCUUGAACCCAACUGCAGUGUUCCCUCCCCUAUUAUUUCUACCGUUUGAUGCUGAAAGAAAAAGUUUGAUUUGAUUUUGAUUUGAUAGUCAGUAUUCAACACACGGUGUUACACCAAUCUCUCGCCUAGGCCCCUUUAUCGGCUCCACUCUUUCAUUGUCCACCCCACUCUUUUGGGACUGGCGCCGCCCCUGAGGAUAACACGUCUUAUCCCCUCAAACUCAAACUCAACAAAUUUUUUUAGCAAAUCAAGUUAAUUACAAGCUACGUCAUUCUAAAGUUGUUUAAUACAAUCAAUAACGUAAAUUUGAAAAAAAGCAUCAGCUUUACUUAACACAAUACACAUGAUUAACGAUACAAAGCACAAGAACGGGGAAUUCUACUCUUCAAUUUCUUUUUCAAAAUGCAGUCUCAUAAUAACUUCUCCUGGCAUGUUCCAAUGAUAUAUAAUCAUUGGCAUGUUCAAACGAUUGAAUUCAACCCGAAGCUUUUGUGCUGACGAUAAAAGAUGAUUACGUUGAAUGAACAGCCUUGAAACAAGAUGGGUCGCCAAGGUAACUGGCUUGGUAUAAUGCGCAGGCUGAGGAAAAGUAAGACAUUGCAUGUUGCAGGUUGUUCCGCAAUAUGGAGUCGCGGAAGCUGUCGAGUAUCUUUGUUACAUUAACUUUAAUCGUAGCAAUUGCAUUUCUAUUUUUUCAAUAUAAUUAUCAUCUUGGCAAUUUAAAGUACCGUAUCAUCCAGCCGGGUAUUUGGUCAAAAGUUCACAACAGAAACGUGAAGGCCAAUAAAUCAAUUGUUAUUCUGGAGCCGCACAGGAGACGCUUGAUUCUAAUUUACACGAAUCUGUUUGGAAAUCGAGAAUGGUAUCAUUUACCGAAAUCUGAGGCACCGAAAUUUGCUGACAGAUGUGAAUAUAAAAACUGUGAAGUAACGUAUGACCAAAACAAGUUUACGGAAAGCGAUGCUGUGGUAUUUCAUGCAAGGGACAUGCCAUCAAGCCAGUUUUUGCAUGACUUUAGUAGCAAAAGUAGGCCCUCUCGUCAGAGAUGGGCGUAUUUCAUAUCAGAAAACCCAAUCAACACACCCGAUCGAACGCCACUGAAUGGACUUUUCAACUUUACAAUGACCUAUAAGAAAGAGAGCGAUGUUUGGCUACCAUAUAAACAGUACCAUAAGUUAACGCCAGCAGAAUCUAAGCCCGCGAUAAUAAAUUAUGCAGAAGAGAAGAACAAGGUCCCUGAUAGAAAACUAGUUAUGUGGAUAAGCAGUCAUUGUGGGACGCUUCGAGACCAAUAUGCGAAAAAGCUUCAAGAAUUUGUUCCCAUUCGUGUGGCAGGAGGAUGUGCCCACCAAUUUAAGUUACCCUUCCAUAAUUGCAAUCAAGGUGGCAGGGAGGCAUGUUUCAGGCAUAUAAAAGAACAUAAGUUUUAUUUGUCUUUUGAGAAUGCCUUUUGUGACCAAUAUGUGACAGAAAAAUACUGGUACAAUGCACUGGAAAUGGGUAGUGUUCCAAUUGUUUUGGGUGCUGGGCCCUACAAUGACCCAAAGGUGGCGAUCCCUGGCUCAUUUAUAAAUGUUGAAGACUUCGCAACAGUCAAAGAUCUUGCAGACUAUUUGAUUUACUUAGACAAAAAUGAUACUGCCUAUAAUGAAUAUUUCAAAUGGAAAGAGACAUACAAAUUAACUGAUGAACUUGGCUGGCCUUUUCCUGAUAUUUUUACUUGUGACUUAUGCAAAUUGCUACACACAGAUGCUACAGUAAAAGUCUAUGAUCGGCUAUCAGAUUUUUGGAGUGGCAAUGACUGUGUUGGCAAAGAUAACAAAGUGAAAAGUAUACUCAGUAAAAGCUAAGGGUGUUGUAACAUUUAGUUUCAUGUUUGCCUUUUAAACAGCCUGCAUGGUAGAAGGUUGUAAAUUUUUUUUGUAUUUAAAUUCCAUGCAGCAUUUCAUAUUCAAUUAUUUAUUUAAAGAUUUGUAUCCUGGUCCUGCUAAAAGCAACUAAAAGCCUUUAAAAAAAUCAUACUCCAAGGCAAACCAAAUUUGAAACUAUGAUAGUAGCAAACGGUUUCCUAGGAUAUUCCCUUGAACUGGAUAUUACUUACUUCGCAUCAUCAAGGGUGGGCAUACAUCUUUGGUUAUGAAUUCGGUACUGCAAGUUUUGAUAUGUUUAGUGACCAUUGUUAUCAUAUAAAUGUAUACUUAUUAAAACUAAGAUAGCUUCUGGUUGACUUUUGUAGUUCUGUUUGUGGGAAAAUAACCUUACAAUUUUAAUUUCACAGAAAUAUUGUCAGUUUUUCAUGGAUUCAGUAGUUUUAUUCCCCGUAAACAAUACUUUUUGCAUUCAUACAUACUGUAAACAGUUGUUUCAGCAUCUUAUGCAACAUGGCACAGAAACUACCAAACAUUGCAACCUAUCUCAAGAAAUUCCUCAGAUAUAAAGUUAGUUCUACAGCAAUAUUUUUAGGAUGAAUCCUUUUGGAAAAACAUUUCUGUUUCUUUAAUCAAACUAAGAACAUGAAAUGAAAAUGCAACAGUUUUUAUCUGGCUUAAGAAUUUGAUUGUCUGGAGAAAAUGUAUGAAGGUGUUAGGACCAGAGCAAGGCAUCUUUUUCUCAAAUCCUGUUUUGCCCUGAUUUGUCAUUUUUAAAACCUCCAGAGUUUUUGUGAUAUCUUGUUGUGUUGAUGUGCCCUUGAAAAAUUCUGUAGAUUUCAUAUGAUAUUGAUUGUAACUGAUUGAAAACAUAUUUUCCCUUA